CCGCGGGUCCAGUUCCGGUAGCCCAGUCCUCGGCGUCGCCGCUGCGGGGCGCCCUGGGGCCGGGUGGGCGCGCGGGGCUGGGGCGCGCGGCGGCGCUGGGCAGGCCGAGGUCGCGGUGGCUGGCCGGAUUCCUGCUGGCUCGGCGCGCCGGGGCGGCCAUCUCCCCGAAUCCCCGAGCCCUUCACCUUCCCGCGUGUCAGCGGUCACCCCCUCUUCGCACGUGCGUAGAUCGGGGGCCAGAAACUGACCCUCCCCCGGGAGAGCGCUCCUCGUGGCUCCGCGUCCGGUUGCCGGGACGGGCCCCCUGGUGCUGGCGGGCGCUGUGCGGGGUGGGAGGGAGUAACGCAGGCUGGGAGGAGGCGGGAGUAAGGCGGACCAGGGGUGUGACCCGCCGCGCGCCCUGUCCUCAGUGCCUGUCCAAGCCCUGCUGAUGCCGCACCUGCCUCGGGCCUCUUUCCGGCCCUGGGGGCUGAGGCCCUCGCGGGGCCUCCCCGGGUCCCAUGCCCUUUCUACCCAGUCCGAGCCCUACGGGUCCCCCACCUCCCGGAGGAACCGCGAAGCCAAACAGAAACGCCUGCGAGAGAAGCAGGCGGCGCUGGAGGCCGGGCUAGCCGGGAAGAGCAAGGCACCUGCAGAAUCCAGUAAGGCCUGGACUCCUAAAGAAAUAGUGUUGUAUGAACUCCCCACGGAACCCGGCGAAAAGAAAGAUGUCUCCCGGCCCCUGCCGGCUGCCUACAGCCCCCGCUACGUGGAGGCGGCCUGGUACCCUUGGUGGGUGCGAGAGGGCUUCUUCAAACCCGAGUAUCAGACCAGGCUGCCCCAGAGCACCGGGGAGACCUUUUCCAUGUGCAUCCCCCCGCCCAACGUCACCGGGUCCCUGCACGUCGGGCACGCACUGACUGUGGCCAUCCAGGACGCGCUUGUGCGCUGGCACCGGAUGCGCGGGGAUUGCGUGCUGUGGGUCCCUGGCUCAGAUCAUGCAGGGAUUGCUACCCAAGCUGUGGUGGAGAAGCAGCUGUGGAAGGAGCGGGGGCUGAGGAGACACGAGAUGGGCCGGGAAGACUUCCUCCGGGAGGUGUGGAAGUGGAAGGAGGAAAGUCUCCAUACUGUCUACAUUAGCUUCCAGAGGCUGGACCAAUGCUGCACUCCUCCCAGCCCCCAGCGUGGCUGGGUGUCCCUGGGCCUGGUCGUUGGUGCUCGGGACAUGUUUGCUGACAAACCUCUCUGGGCACAGGAAAGGGGGAGAGAUCUGUGGGCAGCUGCGAGCUCUGGGGGCCUCCCUGGACUGGGACCGAGAGUGCUUCACUAUGGACGCAGGCUCCUCAGUGGCUGUGACGGAAGCUUUCGUGCGACUCCACAAGGCAGGGUUGUUGUACCGCAGCCGGCAGCUUGUCAAUUGGUCGUGCGCUUUGAGGUGGAGAGCCGGUCCCUGCCUGGCCCCACAGAGCUUCGGCUGCCUGGCUGCCCCACCCCUGUGUCUUUCGGCAUCCUGGUCUCUGUGGCCUUCCCCGUGGAUGGAGAGCCUGACGCAGAGGUCGUGGUAGGGACCACGAGACCAGAGACAUUGCCUGGAGACGUGGCAGUGGCUGUUCAUCCCGAUGACGCCCGAUACACACAUCUACAUGGGCGACACCUUCGUCACCCCUUGACAGGGCAGCUUCUCCCGCUCGUCACAGACUCUGCUGUCCAGCCGCACGUGGGCACGGGGGCAGUGAAGGUGACUCCAGCGCACAGCCCUGCUGACGCCGAGCUGGGGGCCCGCCACGGCCUGCGCCCCCUGAGUGUCAUUGCGGAGGAUGGGACCAUGGCCCCCGCCUGUGGGGACUGGCUGCAGGGUCUGCACCGCUUCGUGGCCCGGGAGAAGAUCCUGUCCGCGCUGAGGGAGCGGGGCCUGCUCCGGGGCCUCCAGAGCCACCCCAUGGUGCUGCCCAUUUGCAGCCGCUCGGGGGACGUGGUGGAGUACCUGCUGAAGAGCCAGUGGUUCGUCCGCUGCCGGGAGAUGGCGGCCCGCGCUGCGCAGGCUGUGGAGUCGGGGGCCCUGGAGCUGAGCCCAUCCUUCCACCGGAAGACCUGGCGGCUCUGGUUCUCCCGCCCUGAGGACUGGUGCGUCUCCCGGCAGCUGUGGUGGGGCCAUCGGAUUCCAGCCUACCUGCUCGUGGGGGAGCCCGGGAAGGUGGGCCACGGGGAGGACCGCUGGGUGGUCGGGCGGACGGAGGCUGAGGCCAGGGAGGCAGCGGCAGCGCUGACGGGGCGGCCGGGCGCGGAGCUGACCCUGGAGCGCGACCCCGAUGUCCUGGACACGUGGUUCUCUUCAGCUCUUUUCCCCUUUUCUUCCCUGGGCUGGCCCCAGCAGACCCCAGACCUCACUCGCUUCUACCCCCUGUCACUUCUGGAGACCGGCAGCGACCUCCUGCUGUUCUGGGUGGGCCGCAUGGUCAUGCUGGGGACCCAGCUCACGGGGCAGCUCCCCUUCAGCAAGGUGCUUCUGCACUCCAUGGUUCGGGACAGGCAGGGCCGGAAGAUGAGCAAGUCCCUGGGGAACGUGCUGGACCCACGGGACAUCAUCCGAGGGGCGGAGCUGCAGGUGCUGCAGGAGAAGCUGAGGGAUGGGAACUUGGACCCCGCAGAGCUGGCGAUCGCAGCUGCAGCGCAGAGAAAGGACUUCCCUCAUGGGAUCCCCGAGUGUGGGACAGAUGCCCUGCGCUUCGCCCUGUGCUCCCAUGGGGCCCUGGCGGGGGACCUGCACCUGUCUGUCUCUGAGGUCCUGAGCUCCCGACAUUUCUGCAACAAGGUCUGGAACGCCCUGCGCUUUAUCUUCAGCGCCCUAGGGGAGAACUUCACACCGCAGCCUGCAGAGGAGCUGUGCCCCGCGUCCCCCAUGGACGCCUGGAUCCUGAGCCGCCUGGCCCGCACCGCCCGGGAGUGCGAGCGAGGCUUCCUCACCCGGGAGCUGCCCCUUGCCACCCAUGCCCUGCACCACUUCUGGCUCCACAGCCUCUGUGACGUCUACGUGGAGGCCGUGAAGCCGGGGCUGUCGCACGGCCCCCGCCCGCCUGGGCCGCCUCAGGUGCUGUUCUGCUGUGCGGACGUCGGUCUCCGCCUGCUGGCCCCGUUCAUGCCCUUCCUGGCCGAGGAGCUCUGGCAGAGGCUGCCCCCCGGGCCGGGCGGCCCCCGCGCCCCCAGCAUCUCUGUUGCCCCCUAUCCCAGUGCCCAAAGCCUGGAGCGCUGGCACCGCCCCCAGCUGGAGCAGCGCUUUUCCCGGGUCCAGGAGGCCGUGCAGGCGCUGAGGGCUCUCCGGGCCACGUACCAGCUCACCAAGGCCCGGCCCCGAGUGCUGCUGCAGAGCUCCGAGCCUGGAGAGCAGGGUGUCUUCGAGGCCUUCCUGGAGCCACUGGGCACCCUGGGCCGCUGCGGGGCUGUGGGCCUCUUGCCCGCAGGUGCAGCCGCCCCCUCCGGCUGGGCCCAGGCCCCGCUCAGUGACAGCGUUCAGGUCUACAUGGAGCUGCAGGGCCUGGUGGACCCGCAGGCCCAUCUGCCUCUGCUGGCUGCCCGAAGGCACAAGUUGCAGAAGCAGCUGGACGGCCUCGUGGCCCGGACCCCGUCAGAGGGGGAGGCCGAGGCUCGGCGGCAGCAGAGGCUUUCUUCCCUCCACCUGGAAUUGUCGAAACUGGACCAGGCGGCCUCUCACCUCAGGCAGCUAAUGGCGGCGUCUCCCAGCCCCAGGGAACCGUGAGCUCUCGCACCUGGCGCUUCUCCGCCGCCAGACCUGCCUGUGAGGACAGACUGAUCCUGCAGCCCCCGGCAAGGGGGCCUCGGAACCCAUGUGGUGCCCCUGGCUCCCGGGAGCAGACCAGCGUGGCCACUCGACGCUCGCACUCCUGCCGCUGCCCCGUGCAGCCCCACCUGGGAGCUUGGGCACGAGGAAGGCAGAUAAACUUAGUCUCAAACGCG